AGAAAACCGCUAGAUUUCUUAAAAUCUUUAAUCUAGCCAUCCAUGAAAAAAGGAUUUCUAAUCUUCCCUGACAAAUCACCGAAAAGUAAAACCCAAAGCCCCUCUUCUCCGUUUCUUCAAGCAAUUUCUCUCAGCAUUUCUCCAUCAAUCACUACCUUCUGAAAAUCUGUAGCAUCAAUUUUUUAUUCAUUCUCGAAACCCGAAACAUAAGAAAGCAAGGCUCUCAACCACCCUGCGCACGACGUACCAACGAUCUCUUCCCAUAAAUAAAUCUUCGCCUUUCUCUUUGGGCUGAACCCCCGAAAACCCAUCUCAAGAUUUCUAUUCCAGUAUCUGCUUUUUGAGUCUCAGAUUAGAGAUUGGGUUUUCGAGGAGGGGAAAAAAUGAAAAUUCCCAUAUGGGUUUUGUUUAAUUUUGUUGUUAUUACUCCGGCUUUUGUUUUGGGAAUUGGUGCUGAGAAGCUCGACCAGAGUCAACGAACGGAGAGAAUUUCAGGAAGUGCUGGUGAUGUCUUGGAAGAUGAUCCUGUAGGGAGGUUGAAAGUUUUUGUUUAUGAACUUCCAAGCAAAUACAACAAAAAGAUCCUGCAGAAGGAUCAAAGAUGCCUUACCCAUAUGUUUGCUGCUGAAAUUUUCAUGCAUAGAUUUCUGUUAUCCAGCCCAGUUAGAACACUCAAUCCCGAGGAAGCUGAUUGGUUCUACACCCCUGUAUACUCAACUUGUGACCUUACGCCCAAUGGGCUUCCAUUGCCCUUCAAAUCUCCACGGAUGAUGAGAAGUGCAAUCCAGCUGAUCUCUUCAAACUGGCCUUACUGGAAUAGAUCAGAAGGGGCUGAUCACUUCUUUGUUGUUCCCCAUGAUUUUGGUGCCUGCUUUCACUAUCAAGAAGAGAAGGCUAUUGAACGAGGUAUCCUUCCAUUGCUCCAACGUGCUACCUUGGUUCAAACUUUUGGACAGCGGAAUCAUGUUUGCUUAAAAGAGGGUUCCAUUACAAUUCCUCCAUAUGCUCCCCCACAGAAGAUGCAAGCCCAUUUAAUUCCUCCUGAUACUCCUCGGUCCAUCUUUGUGUACUUCCGUGGUUUGUUUUACGAUGUAGGAAAUGAUCCUGAAGGUGGUUAUUAUGCCAGAGGUGCAAGAGCAUCAGUGUGGGAGAACUUCAAGGAUAAUCCUCUUUUUGACAUAUCCACAGAGCACCCAACAACUUACUAUGAAGACAUGCAGCGGGCUGUCUUUUGUUUGUGCCCUCUGGGGUGGGCCCCGUGGAGUCCUAGAUUGGUUGAAGGGGUCAUAUUUGGCUGCAUUCCUGUUAUCAUAGCAGAUGACAUUGUUUUACCCUUCGCGGAUGCAAUCCCAUGGGAGGAAAUUGGAGUGUUUGUAGCAGAGAAGGAUGUUCCAAACUUGGAUACCAUCCUCACCUCAAUACCACCAGAAGUAAUAUUGAGGAAGCAGAGAUUGCUUGCCAACCCUUCAAUGAAGCAAGCGAUGUUGUUUCCACAACCUGCUCAGCCAGGAGAUGCUUUCCAUCAGAUACUAAAUGGGCUUGCUCGUAAGCUGCCACAUGGCAAAGGAACUUACUUGAAGCCAGGUGAGAAGAUAUUAAACUGGACCGCGGGACCAGUGGGAGACUUGAAACCUUGGUAGUACCAGUGUCUUAGUCUUACUUACAUUGUGUGUAGAUUGGCCCCAACCUCUUUGUUGGGUCAUUGGAUCAAGGUUAUGGCCUCCAAUAUUAAGUGUAUAUCUCCAUUUCGUGGAAUAGUUGCCUUAUACAUUCCCCAUCUUUUUUUUGCAGAUGUAGAUGUGUCAAUUAGAAAAUUGUAACUUUGGCCUUAUUGGGGAAUUGAAAUUUGUUCUAAAUGCUGAAGUUUGGGCAUUAUUUGCUCACAUAAAUGUUUGUCUUAUUGUUUGAACGUUUGUAGGAAUCA